ACAAACACGUAUCUCUAAUUCCCUCUCCCAUCUCAUCAUCUUGCUAAACACCUCACCUCACUCCACGUCCUUCAUCUCUCUUCUUUUCUUCGGUUAAUUUGCACCCAUAUUUCUCCCUCGGUAAGACAUUUGGUUAGGGGAGUUCACCGGAGACGAAAUCCAGUCGCAAUGCGGGUGGCAGUGGUUGGUGCGGGGAUCAGCGGGCUGGCGGCAGCCUACACACUAGUAAAGGCCGGCGUGGAGGUGGUGCUGUACGAGAAGGAAGACUACUUAGGUGGCCACGCAAAAACUGUUUCUGUGGAUGGUCUCCUCCUCGACCUCGGCUUUAUGGUUUUCAAUCGGGUGACGUAUCCCAACAUGAUGGAGCUGUUUGAGAGCCUCGGCGUGGAGAUGGAGAAGUCGGAUAUGUCAUUCGCUGUAAGCUUAGAUGACGGCAAAGGAUAUGAAUGGGGAAGUCGCAACGGCUUCUCCAGCUUAUUUGCACAAAAGGCCAAUAUUUUUAAUCCCCACUUUUGGCAAAUGAUUCGAGAAAUUUUCAAAUUCAAGGCCGACGUCCUCAGGUACCUUGAGGAGCUCGACAACAAUCCAGAUAAGGACCAUAGUGAGACACUAGAGCACUUCAUCAGAUCUCAUGGUUAUUCUGAGUUGUUUCAGAAGGGUUAUCUUAUUCCAGUCUGUGCCUCUAUCUGGUCAUGCCCCUCCGAGGGAGUAUUGCGUUUCUCUGCUUAUUCUGUUCUUUCCUUCUGCCGCAAUCACCACCUUCUUCAGCUAUUCGGCCGUCCACAGUGGCUCACUGUCAAGUCACGUUCACAGUGCUACGUCGACAAGAUAAGAGAAGAAUUGGAGAGCAGAUCAUGUACUAUUAGAACAAGGUGUGCUGUGGAAUCAGUUUUUAGUACUGAUGCAGGAUGCUGUGUGGUAGGAGAAGAUUGUUCCAAAGAUAUAUAUGAUGGAUGCAUAAUUAGCACUCAUGCGCCGGAUGCUCUAAAGUUUUUGGGAGAGCAAGCAACAUCUGAGGAAGCAAGGAUACUUGGUGCUUUUCAAUAUGUAUAUAGUGACAUUUAUCUUCAUCAUGACAAAAGUUUCAUGCCACAAAACCCAGCGGCAUGGAGUGCUUGGAACUUUCUUGGGACAACACAACACGGUGUGUGCCUUACAUAUUGGUUAAAUGUGUUACAGAAUCUACAUUCAACUAAACUACCAUUUCUUGUAACUCUGAACCCCAAACGUGUCCCAAAACAUAGCUUACUUAAAUGGUGCACCAGCCAUCCUUUCCCAUCUGUUGCAGCCUCAAAAGCUUCCUUAAAGCUAGAAAAUAUACAAGGGAAAAGACGAAUAUGGUUCUCUGGAGCAUACCAAGGUUAUGGCUUCCAUGAGGAUGGACUGAAGGCUGGGGUUGCUGUUGCAAACAAUGUGCUUAAUAAUGACAUUGUUCUAUUGAGAAACCCAAAACACAUGGUACCGUCACUGAUGGAAUGUGGAGCGAGAUUUCUUGUGACUAGAUUUCUUGCGAAUUACAUUGCAACUGGUUGUGUAACAUUGCUAGAAGAAGGUGGCAACAUCUACAUCCUCGAAGGAGCAACAACGAACAAUACCAAGAAGGCUAUUCUUAGAGUUCAUAAUCCAUUGUUUUAUUGGAAGAUCGCUACUGAGGUUGAUAUAGGCCUUGCAGAUGCUUAUAUAAAUGGGUACUUUUCAUUUGUUGAUAAAGAAAAUGGUCUUCUGGAUCUGUUUUUGGUUCUUAUUGCCAACAGAGAUCUGAGAAAUUCCCAUGGGAAGAGUCUAAGAGGUUGGUGGACACCAUUACUUGUGACAGCAGGAGUUUCAUCAGCAAGAUACUUUUUUCGGCACACUUUGAGACAAAACACUAUAACACAAGCACGCCGUAACAUCUCUAAUCAUUACGAUCUGAGCAAUGGAUUUUUUAAUCUGUUCUUGGACGAGACAAUGACUUAUUCCUCUGCCAUUUUCAAGACACAAAAUGAAGACUUGAAAACAGCACAGCUCCGCAAGAUCUCUCUUUUAAUUAAAAAGGCCCAAGUUGAGGGGAAGCAUGAGGUUUUGGAGAUUGGUUGUGGUUGGGGAAGUUUAGCAAUCGAGGUUGUAAAGCAAACUGGCUGCAGAUAUACAGGAGUCACCUUAUCUCAGGAGCAACUAACAUUUGCCAAAAGAAGAGCUAAAGAAGCAGGACUUGAGGACUGCACUAAUUUCAUAUUGAUGGACUAUCGUCAACUUCCAAAGUAUCACAAAUACGACCGAAUCAUCUCAUGUGAGAUGAUUGAAGCAGUAGGCCAUGAAUAUAUAGAUGACUUCUUCAGUUGUUGCGAGUCACUUUUAUCUACAGAUGGCAUAUUGGUCCUCCAGUUCAUAUCGAUUCCAGAUCAACGCUACGAUGAAUACAGGAGAAGCUCUGACUUCAUCAAGGAGUACAUCUUUCCUGGAGGAUGCCUUCCUUCUCUGAACAGGAUAACAACAGGGAUGGCUACUUCAUCUAAACUAUGCAUUGAGCACAUCGAGAAUAUUGGCAUCCAUUACUAUCAGACUCUCAUAUGCUGGAGGAACAAUUUACUUGCAAACAAGGACAAAAUUAUCGCCUUAGGAUUUGAUGAGAAGUUUGUGCGUACCUGGGAGUAUUAUUUCGUCUACUGUGCCGCUGGUUUCAAGUCAUGCACGCUUGAAGAUUAUCAGAUUGUGUUCUCUCGUCCCGGUAAUAUUGGAGCUUUUGGGGAACCUUUCAAAAAACAAGACGAUUUGCUCGCUCGUUUGCCCCCGUCAAUCAAUCAUGGUAACUGAGGAGGUAGAUGGAUGGAGGAGUGAGUUAAACGGGAUGCAGGGAGUUUCUCCCUGCCAGUUCCACGGUUCAAUCCCUCGACCAGCAAACCACCAUCCAGCUACCACCUGAGCCAUUGGGGGCUUUUGGGGAACCCUUCAAGCUCGCCCAUUGAGUUCAUUAGUUUCUCUUUUUUUUUACCUCCUUACUUUUGGAUAUUGUCGAUCACAUUCUUUGCCUGAUGAUUUUGGCUUUUAAUAAGUGGGUCGAGUCAUUGAUGGGUAGCUA